AGCACUUAAGAGAUGUGUGUUCUUGGCAUGUCAUCUUUGUCAAUGAUGUCAUCUUGUUCUAGUUCGCUUGUGGGCAAUUAAAUAUUAAACACACCUUUAACCAUUUUUUUUUUUUUUGAAAAGAACUAAAAGAGACUAAAUAUAAACACAUCGCAUGAAAAACUAUAUUUGUUUGUAAUAGGAUGUGGCAAACUGGUCUUUCGUGGUAGAAUGAAUGGAUUGGUGAUAGGAAUAUUGGUUACUGGACUGGUGUUGGUCGAGAUUUCGUGCGGUAAAUCAAAUAAUAGAAGUAGCCUCAUAAAAUCAAGCAAAGUUCGUUUAAAACAGCUUCACCGCGAACAGCCAUCCCGUCUUGAAGAUGAGACAAAAAAGUGGCAGGGAGCACUUCAUAAUUUGACAUUUGCAAGACCAAAACAUUCAAGUGGUAAUGAGGAUAUUGAUAAUAAAGUUAAGGCAUCUAUUACAAAACCUGAAAAGCGGGACACUAACAAGCUAGCCGGCUUUAAAAUAAACACAAAGACAAUUCAUAGAAAUGGUUUGAAGAAAGCGAAAAGAAACUUAAUAAAAGGAAAGAAAGAAACAUUGGACAAGAAAGUCAAUUUAUCCAAUAAGAUCUUACAAACUAAGUCAUCGAAUCCUGAAGCAGAUAGAGGUAACAAGAAUACUCGCUCGGGGAAAACUUCUUUAAAUUAUAACGAUCGGGUAGACGCUAAAAGUGCCAAAGAACUUGCAAAAAGACAGCGAAUAUUGUCACCAGAUCACCUUCCUCCCAUCCAUAAAUAUUACUCCAAUGGAGUUGAACAUCGAUAUGUAGGUGGCGCCAUUCAUCGGUAUUUGUCUAAACCUAUUGAUAUAGAAGCCAUCACUGGACGUCAUAGACUGAGAAAGCCACACAACUUUAAUGCUAUAAGUCAUACGAAAGAUUUUAAUGGAGAAAGGCCUCGAAUCGGAAGUGUUAAAUCAAUGCCAUUUAUAGGGCCAGCUCAUGUAGAUACCAUUGGGAAUAUUGAUGGUGGGGCUCGUAUUGUCCCAUUCGAGCCUAAGAUAAGUGGACCUUUCGUCCAGAACAUCGGUGCACAAACCCACAUUGCUGGCCUUGAAGGUGGUCUUGGUGGACCAGUUCAUAUCGGAGGAAGUAAAAAUAUGUUUGCUUUGGGCAGGUUUGCUGACGCCCCUCGAGUUGGAAAUAUAGCAGGAUUUGGCCCGGGUGCCCAUUUUGACAAAAUGGGUGGAUAUGCUGAGAAUAGGUUUGGCGCUCCAAAGCUGAUGGAAACUGGGAUGGGUGGUGGUCAGAUGAUCCAUAUGAUGUAUCCAGGUCCCCCUCGACCUCACAACCAUUUGAUGAUCAUAAACAGACCCGUGCACCAUACUUUAAGGGUACCCGUUCCGGUCCAAGGACCUUCGAAAAUAAUAGUUGUUAACCGCCCUGUGCCUAUGCCACCCAAGAGAGUACCUAUUCCAGUCGUGGUGCCUGGUCCUCCAUUACCUCCUAGACUGCUUGUUGUUCAUCAUCAUCACUUGAUGAAUGGACCAUGCGAGGAAAAGCCGUGUAGGAACGGAGGAUCUUGUUCAGCGGUUGCUUCCAGUUUCAAAUGCGUUUGCGCAUUAGGUUAUAAAGGUGAACGCUGUGAAGUCCAAAGCCAAUGUAUACCAAGCCCGUGUAAAAAUUUUGGCAAAUGCACGGAACUAGUGRAUGAUUAUGAAUGCACGUGCCAUGUAGGAUUCCAUGGAAAAAACUGUGACGUCGAGAGCAAGUGCGAACCAAGCCCAUGCCGUAACGGUGGCUACUGUACUGAGACGAGAGAGAGCUACAUUUGCUCCUGCAAGCAAGGCUUUAUGGGGAAAAACUGUGAACAGGAAUCCAAAUGUCACCCUGUAAAUCCUUGUCAAAACAACGGAGUCUGCAAAGAAGAUUUGUCUGGAUACAAGUGCAUCUGUCCUGAUAUUUAUGGCGGCAUUAAUUGUGAAGUCCAUAUAAACAGUAAUGGUUGUGACAGUAGUCCUUGUCUUAACGGUGCCACAUGCAUGUCAGACACGGCCGGUGAUGCUUCGAGAUAUGUCUGCAGUUGCGCACCAGGAUUUAGUGGACAAACUUGUCAAGAAAAGGGCUGUGCCAAUUGUCCUAGCGAUGCUCAGUGCGUUGGAGGAAGUUGCAUGUUUAAUAAUAACCCAAUUCAAGUGCCCAGUGAAACGUGUGGGCCCAUCAAUCCCUGUAUGUAUGGAGGGACCUGCAUACCGAGUGGGUUUUCCUUUAACUGCAUUUGUCCAGAUGGACGAGGUGGAGUUCAUUGUGAAGUGUCUUUGUCGAGUGUGUGUGAUCACUGUUCAAGACAUGCUUACUGCAAAGAAAACAGGUGUAUUUGUAAUGCAGGAUACACGGGAAAUGGCUUCCACUGCAGAAAGAAGAAGACGCGUUGUCAUCCCAAUCCAUGUGAGAAUGGCGGCACAUGCCACGAGCAAAGUCACAUAUACACCAGUGAGAUGGAGUGGUAUUGUGAAUGUAUGAAAGGAUACUCUGGAACACGAUGCACAGUGUAUGAUCCUUGUACGGGAUUCAGCUGCUAUAAUGGAGGACGAUGUGAAACAGUGAGUGGACAGCCACAGUGUAAAUGCUUACCACCCUUUGAAGGGCCUACUUGUGAACUUGAAAACCUUUGUCUUCCAAGCGGAGGGAAAUCAAGAGAUCCUUGUCGUAAUGGAGGAACAUGUCAGUCUGCCAAUGGAAGAAUCAGCUGCAUAUGUUCAGUUCAAUACGAGGGCAACAACUGUGAAAAAAACAAAUGCGAUAAAUGUGCUCCACACGCAUCUUGUCACAAAGGCGUUUGCGAGUGUAGACCUGGCUACACCGGUGACGGAACCAUUUGUGAGCUACCACCUGGAAGAGCCCCAACAACACCGCCCCCUGAUCACUGCAAGCCCGAUCCCUGCACGAAUGGAGCGACAUGUGUUGAUGGCAAGACCACCUUCUUUUGCGUCUGCACUGGAGAUUACUAUGGGAGAACCUGCUCUGAGAAGAGAGAGGUUAAGAUCGUUUAUAAGGAGAGAAUUAAUGAAUAUGAGUUUGCCUUAUGUCAUCCCAACCCUUGCUUACAUGGAGGUCUGUGUAAAGAAAUCAGUACAAAAGACUUUGAAUGCAUCUGUGCAAAUCCAAGAUACAAAGGACGCUUUUGUGAUGUUGACAUGUGUUCAGAGUGUGACGUUCAUGCUCGAUGUGUUCACGGCAAGUGCAUUUGUAGAGAUGGCUACGAGGGCGAUGGAUAUACUUGUACAAAAGAAGUGACCAAGUGCGGUACUUGCCCCUUGUACGCCCAAUGCGAGACCGAUGUCUGUGUGUGCAGGCCGGGAUACACAUGGUCACAUAAUCAAUGUUCUCAAGGUGGAGCAUGCGCAGAUCAGCCAAGUUCAAAACGAUCCUGCAUACCAAAUCCUUCUCUGACCCGUAGACUAAAGGCUAUUGAGAAUGGUGUAGACGCUAUGGAGCCUUACUCGCCGACUUCUCGAUCAACGAAUAAUUUCAGACCGUACAACAACCCUACUGCACAGCCUAUCCAAAGCGCACAAGAUGAUAAUGAGCAUGCGCGUCAACUGAGCCAAUUCUCCUCAGCACGCACUCCGACUCCAAAAUCAAUAAAGAAAGCAAAUCCGACAAAGAAGAUACCAGCAGAGAAGACACAAGAAUGGUCUGAGGAUAUCAUUGUGACUGAGUACCAGAGUCUCGGAUGCUGGGCCGACACACCAAACUGGAGAAAUCCAAAGAGCCGGACACUUAUCUCACUGGAGGGUCUGGAUCCUCGGAUAACGGAAGAUUACAGGACAAGAAAACAGCCCAUAAGCAAAUGCGCAGAAAUAGCAAGGGGACUGGGAUAUAAGAUUUUUGCUAUUCAAAAUGGCGGCCAGUGUUUUAGUGGGCCCUUGACUCGUAAUUAUAAAACCUAUGGAUCGUCUGAGAAGUGUAAGAAUGGCGUUGGAGGACCUUUGGCUAAUGAUGUUUAUAAAUUAUAAUAGACUCAUCAUACUGUCUGCAAAGGAUCUAGAGUGAUGGAAUAUUUGGUCAGACAGGUCUGCUGAUUGAUGCACGAAACGAAUACAACUUUGAUAAGCAAUAUGUGUCAAGGUGGAAUUCCAACAACAAAACGAGAGAAGGAAAAGAAAAAGAAAGAAAGAAAGAAAAGACUACGUGAAAGGCAAAAGAGAAAUUAAAAAUCGAAUGCCACUCUUCAUUAGUUGAAAAUGUUUUAGCAAUUUUUCGUAUAAUAUACUUAAAACAAACCGUCUUGAUCACCACGCGUAAUAAGCUAGUUUUUUAUAGGUUUUGAUAUGAUCUCUAAUGUUUUCCCUUGAUUAUUAUUUUUCUUAUAAUUGCAGCAUAAUAGAUCUAAGUAGCUAAGAUGUUUGUCCCUUUCUGGUAUCAUACCAAAUUGUUCUUAUCACAUUACUUAUAGGAAUGAUGCAAAAUGAUUAUAAAUAAAUAUAAAAUAUAAAUAUGAACAAUGAAUGAAUGAAUAUACAAUAAAAACACAAUUUUAUUGUUAUAAAAAGAUUGCAUAAAAAUAACAGU